CGAGGCACACGUGGCGUCAGUGUCUCCUUUCCGUUAUUUGAACAAAAACAAAGGGCUUUUAAGUAAAAUUAUCUUCCGUACAAUGAAAACAAAAAUAAAAAUAAAUAGUGAAUCUGCUGUGAGCGAUUUCCUCAGUCCAGCGAGGCAACGAUGGGCGAUUCGGGGAAUAAAGGAAGGAGGAUCAAAGGCGAAGAUUUUGAUGACAUUUCAUGAUAGAGAAAUGUGAGCUUGGAUUUCACGCUCGAUGAUACAGAAUCCUUCUUGCUGAUAUCUGCAUCGCUUGUCGUAUAUUUCAGAUAUGGGUGUUGUGAGGGGGGUGAUAUUUGAUGAGUCAGCACUCUUAACUGAAGCUGCUGAUGAUGAAGAUGCAUCUCUUCUUCUACCCGGAGCGGAGUCUAUUCUUCGCAUGAUCUUCCUAUCCAAAAUCCGCAUUGGGAUUUCUUAUACAGUGGGUCUUCCAGAACCCGAGGUCGGUCAUCUCAAAAGAAUGGGAAGUUUGUACUCAAUUGAUUUCUUUAGCUUGAAUGACCCCACAUGUGAGGUUAUGCCUACAUGGGGUGAUAUCGAUGGCAGUAUUGUCUAUCUAGUUUCUAAUAAGAAGAAGGUCUUGCCCAAAUUGAGCAAUUAUAGUUGGGUGGUUGUUUCUCUUAAUCUUGGAGGUGGGACUUCAUGUGACUUCCCAAACACACUUCUGAUCGAGAAGUUAGAAGAGUUGCCAUUGACUAUAUGUCACUUAAAUAAAAGGUUGAUUGGACAUAAUGUUGUCACCGUGGGCUAUAAAAUGAAGCCUUCUCGAGUGGAGGAUUUUGCAAAGAGGGGUGCGUUGCCUUUGUGUGCUACUCAAAAUGGGUUGAUGUUUAUGCCUCUCGUAUCUGAUCUACCUUUAUCAUCCCAGUUAAAGGAAGUUGACAUAGUUCUCCAUAAGGCCACUGACGAAAUAUUGUCUAUUAAAGAUGAAAACAUCAAUUUUACCCAAAGCAUGCGAGAAUUACAAAAAUAUUUUGAGCAUAACCAGGAUUGCUGUGUGCUUGACCCACUGAUUAACAUAUACCCAUUAUUGGAUCGGUUAGAAAUGCAGAAAAUUUUACUUGGCUUGGUAGAACUCAAGACGGAAAGCAGCUAUAUGAUCAGAGGGGCUUAUUUUCUUAAGGUUGAUAAUUUUGACAGCCUUAAUUUUGUAACUGGGUUGGGAAAAGCUAACUUGUCUCUACCAUGCAUUGUGAAACCAAAAGUUGCUUGUGGUGUUGGUGAUGCACAUAAGAUGGCAAUUAUUUUCAGGGCUGAUGAUUUAAAGAAUUUAAGUGUUCCCCUGCCGGCAAUUAUCCAGGAAUAUGUAGAUCAUUCAUCGACUUUGUACAAAUUCUACGUGUUGGGUGAGAAAAUUUUCUGUGCUGUCAAGAAGUCAAUACCAAAUGCCAAUAUCCUCAUGAAAUCAUUUGAUGGCUGUGACCCUAAACCUCUUGAGUUUGACAGCUUAAAGUCACUCCCUACUGCUGAUAAUAUCCAUAAUUCUGCAGUUAGUGACCACCCCACAGGAACUAAUGAAUCCAUUGACCUGAAACUCGUCACAGAUGCUGCAAAUUGGCUCAGGAAAAGGCUUCAACUUACAAUCUUUGGAUUUGAUGUUGUUAUUCAGGAAGGAACUCAUGACCAUGUGAUUGUGGAUGUAAACUAUCUCCCAUCAUUUAAGGAAGUGCCUGACGACAUAGCAAUACCAGCCUUUUGGGAGGCCAUUAGAAGUAAGUUUGACAGUAGAAUGCUAAAAUAGGCAUUGGUUUCAACUUUAUGAUGCCACGAGAAAAGAGAGAAGUUGUAUGCUAGUGGUUGCAUGAGGCUGUUAAUCAAGCAACUCUUCUGCUACUUGGAAAUGAGAUGGAAAGUUUUUUGUAUCUCUGUGCUUAUAGCACUUGGAAUACUCUGGUGCUUGAGGGUGCUUAGUCUACUGCUUUUUCUGCUAUUAGGGGUAUGAUAACUUGAUGAGUAGUUUAAUAAAUUAUUAAGUUCCCCGGAGAUCCAUUUCCUAUCAGUUUGGUCAUUCGAAGCCAAUGUCUCACAAUUUAGUCGUGCAUGUAAUUGGAUCCCCUAUUAAAUGGCUUUUCAAUGGGAUAAAGUUAUUAUCAUUUAGACAAUAGGUAGCAAAAGAGGCUAUGGCCAUGUUAGUACGAUGUCUCAAGUUUAAGUCCAUAUGAGUGCAUAAAAUAUUUUUGGAA